AUGGGAAAUUACAAAUCCAGACCUCAACUUUCCUGUGCGGAAAAAAUUCGUAUUCUUGUUGAGCGCUUUAAUAAUAAUAAUGAGAUAACAACAAACAAUUCAGUUAAUCAAAAAAUAAUUAAAAGAAGAAAAUCAUUUUUGGAACAACGAACAAAAAAUGGUUAUACUCCUCUACAUAUAGCUAUUUAUAAAGGAGAAAAAGAGGCUGCAAUUACUUUAUUAGCUUCUGGGGCUGAUCCAAAUGGUGUCCAACCAUCAGGGGUUCCUCCACCUUUGCAUUUGGCUGCAAUGACUGGAAAUGCGGAGUUAAUUGAAAUCCUCGUUUCCCACGGUGCUGACCUAAAGGCUUAUGAUUUUGUUCGUUAUACAGCUUUACAUUGUGCUGCAUAUUUUGGGCAUGAAAUGGCUGUUAAAGAAUUAAUAGCUGCUGGAGCCGAUCCAAAUGCUUGUGGAAGUGUGCAUGAUAGACCAGCAUUCUUAGCUGUUGGAGCCGAUCCAACACUUGAAGACGAUGAAGGGAAUACUUCCCUCCAUUUUGCUGCCAAAACAGGCCAUAGUUCUUCAAUCGGUCUUUUAUUAUCAAAAGCAGGGGAAAAGGAAGAGAUUAAAAGACAAUUUGCUCUUAAAACAAAUAUUUACGGAGACACUGCUUUACAUUCUGCUUGUUAUAUGGGAAGAACAGAUGCAGCUAAACAAUUAUUAAAUACAAUUGGAAGUGAAGUUCUUAGCAUGGUAAAAUUAUUUGAAUUAAUUAAGAUGAAUUUUUUGAAGGAAAAUUUAUUUUCUGAAACGCCUUUAAUGGCUGCAUGCACAGCUGGAAGGUUUGAAUUAGUUUGUUUUCUAAUGCGACAACCAGAAGUGGACCCAAACCAUCAGGCACAAGACGGACAUACUGGUAGGAAAAUUGAGAAAUUUUUUGGGAAAAUUGUGCAUGGAAAGAAUCAAGUGAAGGAGAGAAAUUCUCUUUACGGAGAAUUUACUAAAAGGAGGAGUUUAUAG